CACCGCCCCUGGGAGAGGGACUGGGAGUUUAAUGUUCCCUCUGCCCGUCUGCGAUACCCGGGGACACAAUUUACUUUACUGACAUUUUUCCUCAUCACCACUUUUUGUGUGUUAAACUUCCUCAACACUUUAUUUGCGUCUAAGAAAAUUAGACCUAGCCUAGGCCUGCAGUUUCACCGCCCCACUUCACCCCAGCAACGUUCAAGCCACAAGCCAUGCUUCUACCCUCUUCACUACUCCUCCUCCUUGGCCUCCUCACCUGGAGUCCUACGGCAUCAUGGGCCGCUAAAGUGAUCGUGGUCCCACCCAUCAUGUUUGAAUCACACCUCUACAUUUUCAAGACGUUGGCCACAGCUCUGCACCAGGAGGGCCAUGAGACACACUUUCUAAUUUCAGAGGGUCGUGGGGUGCCCCCUUCCCCUUACUACCACUUACAGCGCUACCCAGGGAUCUUUAACAGCACCACGGCUGACAAUUUCCUCCAGUCAAAAGUCAGCAACAUCUUCUCAGGCCGCCUGACAUUUCUGGAACUGUUUGAUAUACUUGACCACUACUCUCAGAACUGUGAUGCUGUCGUUGGCAAUGUUGAGGUAAUGACCCGCCUCAAGGAGGCCAAGUUUGACCUGCUGCUGGUAGACCCUAAUGAGAUGUGUGGUUUUGUGAUCGCUCAUAUCCUGGGUGUGAAAUAUGCCGUGUUCAGCACAGGCCUGUGGUACCCUGCAGAGGCGGGCGCCCCAGCCCCACUUUCAUAUGUACCCGAAUUCAACUCAUUGCUGACAGACCGGAUGUCUCUGGUCCAGAGGAUCGCCAACACAGCUGUCUACCUGGUGCAGCGCUUUGGAGUCCGUUAUAUUGCAUUACCCAAGUAUGACCGGAUUAUGAAGAAACACGGAGUGAAGCCUCAAGUGGCCAUGUCUGACUUAGUGCAGGGCAGCCGCCUGUGGAUGCUAUGCACUGACUUGGCUCUGGAGUUUCCUAGGCCCACCCUGCCACAUGUGGUGUACAUAGGAGGCAUCCUUACCAAGCCCCCCAAUCCACUUCCACAGGACUUUGAGGCAUGGGUGAAUGACACAGUGGAACAUGGCUUUGUGGUUGUGUCGUUUGGAGCUGGGGUCAAGUACCUUUCCCAUGACAUUGCUCACAAACUGGCUGGAGCCCUCGCCAGGCUGCCCCAACGUGUCAUCUGGAGAUUCUCUGGAGUGCCACCCAGUAACCUUGGUAACAACACCAAGCUUGUUGAUUGGAUGCCUCAGAAUGACUUAUUAGGUCACACCAACACAAGGGCUUUUCUGAGCCAUGGUGGCCUGAACAGCAUCUACGAGGCCAUGUAUCAUGGGGUGCCGGUGGUGGGUGUCCCUCUGUUUGGAGACCACUAUGACACCAUGACUCGUGUGGCAGCUAAAGGUAUGGGUAUCAUGCUACACUGGAAGUACAUGACUGAGGAAGACCUCUACACAGCCCUGAUCAGCGUCAUCGAAGACACCAGGUACCGGCAGCAAGCACGUACUCUCUCUAACAUUCACAAAGACCAGCCAGGCCAUCCUGUGACCAGGGCUGUCUACUGGAUCAGCUACAUCCUACGUCACCAGGGUGCCAACCACCUGCGCUCCGCUGUAUAUGAGGUGUCCCCCUACCAAUACUUCCUGCUGGAUGUAAUUUUCACUGUAGGGGCUGCCUUUGCUCUGUUCUUCUUUGCCCUGCGAGGGUUGGUACGAUUGCUGAGGGGGAAGAGCAGAGAAGAUGUUGUCCCCAGGGAUGAUGAUAACAUGGCCAAUGGACAUUGCCAUAGCGAGAGCAUGGCCAACGGGAAACACAAACGCAAUGGCUCCUUGAAAAUCGAGAAGAAGCUGAAUUAAUGUUUUGAAUGACCAAAAGGGAUGAGGAAGAAGUUGCCCCAAGGACUCAGCUCUAGGUUUAGUUUAGUGGGUUAAUUAAAGCUUUGAGAGAAAGCUUUUCUUAGGUCUGUGUCGAGAGGCAACUGCUACUCAGAGUGAGCAAGAUGCUGUAGUGUAUACAAUGCAUCUUGUGGGGACAGAGCAAGGCAUCGGAUGCUCAAAAUCUGUGUGUGUAAGUGUCUGUGUUUGUGGAUGUGUGUGUGUGUGUGUGUGUCUGUGUGGGUGUAUGCGUAUGUUUAAACUGAAGCGAAUUUAACAAAAACUCAAUUAAAAGAAGCUACAGCAAAACAACACCAAAUUUGAAACUCAUUGAGGAUCAAACACAGGAAAGACACAUUGGGAGGACAUUGUUUUUCAUGUACAUCAAUUCUCCUGCAAGUUCCCUGUUGUCUUCCUGGCUUCUUUACCAAUGGAAGGAUCAUGAAGAGGUUAUAUCCUGAGCGCCAACUACUGAUCCUCAGAACAAGACAAGAAAACCAAUGGAUAACUUUUGAAAUAGUUAAGAUUUAAUUCUUUUAACGGCAAACUCUGCUUCUAAGUGUGUCUGGUAAACUGUAAAUAGAGAAAACAUCUUAUUAUUACUGUACAAAUGCAUUUUAAUGAUGGACCCUUUUAAUCUAUUUUUUUUAAUUUAUUUCAUGUAUCAAUAGCGUGUUAGCAUUAUGGUAGAUGUACACUCCCUCGUCUAAGCUCAUAUUGGUGAAAUGAACAAAACAAAGACUAACAACUUAAGUCAUUAUGAGUCUGCACAGGUCUGUGCUAUCUGCAGUUUAAUCAUCCACAGUAUUCCUGGUGGUCUUGUUUCAAUCUAAUCAGAGUGUUGAAAAUAUUUUAAAUUUUACCUUUUCACACGGUAGUGCCAUCCUUUGACUGCACUUAGUUGUGCAGUGCCACCUUAUCUCCAGACUGACAGUUUGCUCUGGUAGAAAAUAACUUAAUUGAACUUUGGGCUUAUCAGUGUGAAAAGGGUGAUCAUGUUAUCAUCCAAAAAUAUAAUAAUGAUGACAACUGGGGAUACUGUGGAUAGGCAGAGCCAGAUCAGAAAUGUGCUCAGGGAUGAUUCAGAGCAUUACUGAUUUAUGUCUAGCUUCAUUAUUACCAUAUCUUAGUUCU